AUGGCUUCUGUUGCUGUGGCUGUUGAUGUUGUUGCUGAUACAAUGCUCCUUCCUGUUAUGUUGAAUUCUUCAUUUGGUAUCAGAGUCAGCACGAUGAAUGAUCUUCAAGUAGUUGGUGGAAUCAAAAAGCUCAAUAACCAGAAAUACAAUCCAUGGGCAACUUGUAUAAUGUCCUAUAUGCAAGGCCAAGAUCUUUGGGAAGUCGUCACUGAAAGUGAAGUUACCCAACCAGAGGCAGAGGAUGCCAAUGGAACGUUUCGUAAGUGGAAGGUUAAAGCAGGCAAAGCAAUGUUUGCGCUCAAAAUAACAAUCGACGAAGAUGUGUUGGAGCAUGUUCAUGAUGCUAAAACGCCUAAAGAAGCGUGGGACACAUUUGUUGCACUUUUAUCAAAGAAGAAUGAUUCAAGGCUACAACUUUUGGAGAGCGAGUUAUUAUCAACAGAGCAACUUAAUAUGACAAUUGCCCAGUACUUUCACAAAAUCAAAAGGAUAUGCCGUGAAAUUUUAGAUUUGGAUUCAACAACUCCAAUUGGGGAAACCAGGGUAAAAAGAAUUAUUAUCCAUGGUUUGAGAUCUGAAUAUAGAGGUUUUGUUGCUGGUAUAGAGGGAUGUCCAAAUCAGCCAUCACUUGUUGAGUUUGAAAAUUUACUUGCUAGCCAAGAAGCCAUGGCGAAGAAAAUGGCAGGACCCUCGAUUAAGAAUGAGGAAGAAGCCCUUUACACCAACAAAAGAAGGAACAUCAAACAAGCUACUGGUGGGUUUAAAAAGAAACAUUUUCAGGGAGAUGAAAAUUUUUGCUCAAGAGGAGUAUCGAAGAAUGAAAAGAACGAUAGAAAAUUCGAAGGGAAGUGUUACAAUUGUGGGAAGAAGGGUGAUAUACCGUGA